CGUCCAUCCCUGGAGGUGUUCAAGGCCAGGUUGGAUGGGACCCGUGCUGAGCUUCCUUUAGUCCCCACAUCACACAGCUCCUUCUCUCCUGCAGCACACGUGGAGCCCGGCACCUGCGAGGUCAUCGCAGCGCACAGGUGCUGCAAUAAGAACAAGAUAGAGGAGCGCUCCCAGACCGUGAAGUGCUCCUGCUUCCCAGGACAGGUGGCAGGCACCACACGGGCAGCCCCCUCCUGUGUGGAUGCCUCCAUCGUGCUGCAGAAGUGGUGGUGCCAGAUGGAGCCCUGCCUCGCUGGGGAGGAGUGCAAGGUGCUGCCCGACCUCUCAGGCUGGAGUUGCAGCAGCGGCAACAAAGUGAAGACCACCAAGGUCACCCGGUAGCUCCUGCAGCCUGGAGUCAGCCCUGAUGACAUCGCAAUGCUGGAUGGGAUGGGAUGGGAUGGGAGCUCCACAGCCCCGUGAUGCACCCCGCAGCCAAGGAAUGGGCUCGUUUUCCCAUCCUCUGAAAUAAAAUGCUUCGAUUGUUGACAGUUAUGGAGACAGACAGACAGCAGGGCUUUAUUCCCAGCUGAAACAGCGCAGGUCAGUGCUGUGGGAGUUGCACAGACAGCCUUGCUGCCUCCCUCUCCCUGACCUGGAAGCAGACCCAGCUCAGCGCUGCCCACAGUGGCGAUACCGGGGCGGUCCAACACCUCCUCGGGCUCCGGAGAUGGCAAAACAUUUCCACAGAGCACACUGUUGGUUCUUCCUUCCUCCAUAAUUGCAUUAACGAGGCGGCGAGUUUAAUGCCUGUUCCUGCAGAGCCAGUCUCAGGCACCAAAUUGCUGCUCGUGUUUGCAUCUAAUUUCAGAAUAAAGAGGAGGAUUCCAUGCUGGACACGUGCAGGCUCUGCAGCCCUGGGCUGGAUGUGGCAUUAAGGAAACAGGCACCGUGCCCCCCAGAUGUGCUCUGUCCCCUCUCUGCAGCUGGAGGGGAGGUGGGGGCCCACAGACCCAGCGUGGAGGUGCUCCCAUUCUGGGGUACGUAAUGCUGCUGCAGACUGAUGUACAUAGCAGACUGUGAAAUAUUAAAUCCAGUUUAAUCUCU